AUGGAUAUGACAGUUCCAGGCCAUCAUCGCAUCGAUAUACUUCGGGUUCUGGACAGCCCCGUAAGGACCUUCUCGGUUGCCGCCAUCGGGUCCACGGGCUUCCCAGUGGCUAAACAAGAUCGGUGUCUGUAUGUCGUAUCCGCUUAUGCCCCAACGGACUGCGGUUCUGAUGCGGAGAAGGAUACUUUCAAUCGAGAGCUAUCCGGGCUCAUUCGCCGGGCGAAAGACACUGACAUUGUGAUCCUUGCAGGGGAUUUGAAUGCUCCUUGGAAUCACAUUUGGGUGGUCGAUUCGGAGUCGAUUCGGUCGUCGGAGCCACACAGACAACGAAGAUCGGCUCCUCCAGUUGUGUGCUGA